ACGUAUAAGGGCUUUUUAUCUUCUUCUUCUCCUUCUACUUUGUUUCUAAACAAAUUUCAGGAGAGAGCUCGUCGUAUAAGCCACUGAAUUCGAUUUUGACCUCACAACCCAAAAUUUUCCCGAGAAAAUCUCUUUCAACCGAACGAAUUUGAAAACUCACCAAGAAGAUUCUGAGAUCUUUUUUGCGUCUCUUCGUAAAACAAUGGAGGUGAAAGUAGCUACCACGACGUCGUUUCAUUGGUCAGGACAUCACACGGCGAUUCCUCAAUGUCCGUCGUUUUCUCAAACCCUAACUUCCUCUAAACGCCGUCGUUCUUCUCGUGGAAGAGCCGGAGAUGCCUCCUCCGUUGUUGGAGGUUCUUUAUCUUGUCAGAGCAGACUGAAACCUUCCACGUUUCUUGGAACACAAUCUGGGAAGCUUAACCGAUCUAAAUCUUGUGAGCUUUGGCAAUUCUCUAAGGUAACAACAACAACAACAGAUGUGGUCAAGAGAAAUAAUAGUCCGUUAAGGAGAGUUUGUAGUGCGAGCUCUGGUUUCUUCUCGGACGAAGCCUUCUCUGUAAAGAUGCAGGAGUUAGCUUCACAAUUCAGGAUUGCAGGUCAAGAUGACGAAGAAGAGAACAAACACAAAUCAGAACCAGUAGGUACUCGUAGAUUUGGUUCUGUGAAGCUAUUACAAGAGUCUGUUCCGGGUUUAGCUUCUCUUGAGGCACCAUGGGCAGAGAUGGUUAACCAUUCAAGCAUUGAGCGUAAGGCAAACAGUGUUGAUUUGCCUCUGUCGCUUAGGAUAAUAAAGAGGAAGCUACAAGAAGAAGCGCUUAAAGAAGCUAGUGCAUCUAGUUAUUGUUCUAUCAAUAGAGCUUUUUCUUCUAUGGUUUUCAUGUUUGAGGAGCUACAUAGCUUUGCGUUGCAGACUAGGGUGGGUGUUCUUAGGCAGGUUAAGAAGGAGAUGCAUGCUUCUUUGCUUUGGAUUUUCCAACGCGUGUUCUCUCAGACACCUACUUUGAUGGUUUAUGUGAUGGUUCUAUUGGCUAACUACACUGUGCAUUCAGUUGCAUCAAACCUACCUAUUGCAGCAUGUCCUCCAGACUCAGAGACAAAAGACGUGCCAUUGGGUAGUAAAGGUACAGAUCAGACGCAUCAAAGGAUUGAUUUUUCUUCAUUUAAGGAGUCUAGUGUAAGUGGAAGAGAUGGUAAAGGGAUUGAUGAGUCCAAAUGGUUAGGUUCGAUCAGUUUUGACAAGGGCUCCCACUUACCGACACAUCGAGACUCGGUUUCAGGAGAAGGGAUGAGAGAGGAGGAGCUGAGUCUGUGGAAUUCUAUGGUUGAAGUAGCAAAUCGAAUGCAGGAUUCCCCUAUUGACCGUGACAUGAGAUUGAGCUUUGUUUCACCGGUCAGUGCAAGGAUUGAAUUGGAUGAUUAUGCCAAUUACACUAGAACAGAGCUUUUAUAUAAGAUAGGUUUGGCUCAAGAGCCGAACAACCAUCUGCUCCUAGCUAACUACGCUCAGUUCCUUUCCCUCGUUACUCAAGACUACGACAGAGCGGAGAACUGCUUCAAGAAAGCCAUAGAGUCAGAAGAUGUAGAUGCGGAAGCGUACAGCAAAUAUGCUAUCUUCCUGUGGAAAGUUCGGGACGAUCUCUGGGCGGCUGAGGAGAACUUUCUAGAAGCUAUAUCUGCAGACCCUACCAACUCCUUCUACGCCGCCAACUACGCCAACUUCCUCUGGCAAACGGGUGGUGAAGAAACAUGCUUCCCAUUAGAAUCGUCUGAGUCUCCUCAGGAAAUGGCUUAGGAACGAAUGAAUGAUGUGGUUUGUUAGCAGCAGUCUGCAGUGAAGAGAGACAGGGACAGAACUUAGGUACACGAUAGAAGCAAGAGGAAAACUGUAAGUAGUGUUUUUGAGUGAACCAGUGCAGCUGAUGAGCAUUGCUUCUCUUUGGUUCUUUUUGUUUUUUUGGCUUUUGCCUAACUUUCCACUCAGUAGUAAAUACGGUCGUAGAUUCCAUUGGCUUACUGAUCAUGGAUGCGUCCAAUAAGAAAGAACAUGUGUAGAUCCAACACUACUAAUAAUAAUCACUGAGCAUUGCUUUUGGUGAAAUAAUAAGUGAGCAUAUUUGCAUCGUUUAAUGUAA